CAAAUAGGAUAAAAUUGGAUCCAGUAGAUCUAGUGCCUAAAACAAACAUUACAAAAACAAACUUCGACAUCGAAAUAAAAGAAAAUUCGAUUUUGAUAACCCUUUAGACCAUUAGAAUACUACGAAGAAGGAAAUCGUUAAAUAUAUUAACCUGUUGAACAUAAUGACACAAUUAACGACGUUAUCCUCGAUGAGGUGAGUACUUGACUGAUUACACUUUGUACUGCUCCUCAGUCCACUACCUCCCAUACCCUCUACACCCAUACAUCACAUAGAUAUGAGCACGCGCUGCCACACACGCACUCUUCACUGCAUGCCAGAUAACUCCAAGCUUGUUGCGGUAUUUGCUAACAUGUCACAAGUAACACCCUUACCCCGGCAGCGUUGCAUAUCCAUAGGAGCACGCAAAUAGCACAGCGAAAUAAACAAACUCGCACAACUUGACGCUAAGUAAUAACCGAGAGCGGAAUGCAUAUGAAAACAGUUAGGAAAUUGAUGAAAACUGUCGUGACUAUGCAAACGGAAUUGGCCGGAUUCGGCAGAUUGACUACGAAUGGAGGAAGUUGGGCGCAGGGCAGGAAAUGCGAAUGAGUGUUUUGAUUUGUUUUUGCCCUUUUUUUCUUGUUUUUUUUCGACAACAUAUCGAAUUUGGUUUAGACGGGCUAUAGCAACCGCACAUAACCCCAAUAAACAAACUAAUAAAACAACAUGGCUCGAGCAGCGAGCGAACGAGCAAGCAACGAAGCGAAAAUACUUGCAAACGCAAUGGAAACGCGGCGCGUCAAGUAACAAAAGAACGCACGCUGGAAAAACAAAUACGAAGUGGGUGGACUCGAAUCUCAGGUAUUUUCUCAGCGACUUUUUUUCAAAUCCGACGACAAACGCAAGCAAAAUAUAGUGGCUGCUAAAUUAAGAAUUGCGUCCAGGAUAACGCAGGAGAAGCUGAGCGGUGUGGUGACGCCAGUGAAGUGGACGGUACACUUUGCUGGCUACGAAACUUUGGCAAAUGCAGCGAAGUUAUUACUAUUUGUAAGGCAGCGCCAAAGCAAGUCACCAAAGUUGCGCAAUAACGCAAGUUCAGAGUUCAGCGAGAGUGCAGUGUAAAGUUUGCAGUAGUAGCUACCGCACAACGCUGGCAGGCAAAUCAAUUGCAGCACCAAAUACAAUAUUAGUCAAAGCACAAACUAUGCAUCUAAGAUUGCUGUAGCACUAUGCCGAGUUGUGUGAACUUUGGUAAACACACAGUUGCGGUGGCGGCGGUAGCGACGCAAGGGUACGCACGAAGCAGAUACGCACAGCAACGCAGUGCGCUGAUAGGCGAACACAUAUAACGACAUGUCCAUUUCAAAGUUACGCAGCCGACACGCAGUACUGACGCGGCAGGAGCACAUCAAAAGCCCGAGCAGUGGCGGCAGCGCCAGCGGUGGUGGUGGUGGUGUUUGUCGUGCUAAUAUCACUGUUGCCGCGAACGCGGAUGCCGUCCAAAUACAUAAAACUGCCAAAUCUUCAACGCACGCUGCCACCACAAAACAUCCGAAUGCUGCAGCAGUGAAUGCGGUCAUAAGCACCACUGCCACCGCAAUCUCGACUGCUGCGCCACAGCAGUCAUCGCAUCAACUCACAACGCAAGCUGCACAAACCUAUGUACCUCAGACAUCACUGCUGAAAAUCGAGCCAUUUGUUCCUAGUCUAACGACGCGCCUACGCCGCAACUUUGGACGCUCUUACACCACACUGAGCAGCACAGCGCCGGCGAAUGCAGCGGCUAGCAGUUGUGGCAACAACAAACGUAAAGGCGCUAAUAAUACAAAUGCCGCAAAUGCGCUCAACUCACCGCUGUUGGGUGCCGCCAUAGAUAGCAAACUCGCCAAAGCGAAUGCCGCAAGUACGCGCGCCGCCGUUGCCGCACGCUUGCGACGCAAUCCAGUGCAUGCGAUUGUAACGCGUCAACGUUCAAAAUCCACCUCCUCGUCCGCCUCGAAUCGACCGGCAACGGCGCAACGUAAUUUGUCACCAAAUAUGUUGUUGAAUGGUGAGCAAAGCGGCGCGGCGGCGGCAGUUGCAUGCGCGUCUAAUGGGGGUGAUAGCGGGAAUAGCAGCGCCAGCGGAAAUGGCAAUGGAGGUAGCAAUAGCAAUGCGGCUGUUGUUACGCUACAGCCGAAUGGUAUUUGUCGUAUUACGCGCGCGGCGCAGGAGCGUGAUAAGCAACCGGAUCGCAUUAAUUAUGAUCGACGCGGCCUGAGCGCAAUACCGAUAUUCGAGCAUGAAACACAGCUGCGCCUGCUAUCGCUACAACAUAAUCUCAUCAAUAUUUUUCACAUACCAAAAGAAGAGCCAUUACUAGCACCGGCGCCAGCGCCACUACCGCCCGGCACAGUAACCGCAACAAUACACGCAGAAGGUUCCCACUCUCCGGAAGUACCAACUGAGCUGUUGGGCAGCGAUCAAAAUGCGCUCGAAAUAACUAACGGCGUAUGUUCACCAAAACCGUUGCGUCGCCAAAAUGAACGCGUGGCUGUUGGACGAAUAAACGGCAUUGUUGGUUCAACUUCCGCGGCCGGUGUACGCCUAGCCCAUGCUUUGCGCCCAGCGUGCGUGCGACAAUUGAAUGGCAAUGUGAUAACACCACCGCCACCACCACCCACACCACUAGGACAAUUACAACAACAACUGCCACAUGCAGCGCCACAUCAGAUUUAUCAACAAUUGCUGCAACAGCGCUUGGGCGCCGUAAGCAAUAACGGUAAUGCGCUGAAAAACCUACACUACAAUGCGCCGUUACUGCCGCUGGCGCGUCAACCGACACCCUGCCGUUUCGCGCUCAAACGCUCCAAAAGCUUUGUGUCUAAUGUGCCACGAAAUCUGCAAAGCAUACAACAAAAUCUGCUAAAGACGCAAUUGGCGCGUGUCAAGCUGGGCGCCGCGGGUGCUGAAGCGCAUCUAAAGAGUUUCGAUUCGAGCACCAGUAACAGUGCGCUUACCAACACUACAGAUUCCUCACCCUCCUCCAUUUUGGCAACAUCAACGAUAAACACAAACGGCACCACAUUCGUCGGCAGCGACCGCGAAGAGGAUGAUCCGCUGCAGCAGUUGACCGUUAAGAAUCGACAAUUGGUCGCGUCUUAUGGUAUGAUCUUCCAGCACUUAGUCUUUCUCGAUCUCUACGACAAUCAAAUCGAGCGCAUAGGCAACUUGGACGGACUGCCCACACUUUCCGUGCUGUUGCUCGGUAAAAAUCGUCUCACCGAUAUCAGCGGUCUCGCCUCGCUAAGGCAAACGCUGCGCGUACUCGACCUGCAUGGCAAUAAAAUCUCGAGCAUCGCUGGCAAGCUCAGUUGUCUGCAAGAGCUGAAGUCACUCAAUUUGGCUGGUAAUUUGUUACGUCAAAUUGGACCGAAUGACUUCGCCGGUUUGACGCAAUUGCGCGAACUCAAUUUGAAGCGCAAUAAAAUCAAGCGCAUCAAUGGCUUUCACCACCUCAGCGCAUUGGAGCGACUCUGGUUGUGCCACAAUGAGUUGCAUCGUGUGGACGAUAUGGCGUCGAUUGCUAAAGCAACAAAUUUACUGGAAGUAACCAUAGAGAAUAAUCCGGUCUCGCUGGCGGGCGAUUGUGUCUCCUUCUUGGUUAGCUACUUGCCACGCCUACAAACGCUUAGUCAAAUGCCAAUUACCGAACAAGUGCGCGCGGCUGCAAUGUCUUGGCGACGCAAUAAAGAGAUUUCGGACACGCAUUAUGCACACCUCACGCCCGACGCUUAUCAGUGUAUCAAACGUGAAGAGGUCAUAUCGAAUGCGCGCACAAACUGGGAGUUGCUAAGGUCACAGCAGACACUGCAACAAAGUGCCGCAUUGCAAAGGCAGACACAACAGAGAUCACCAACACCGACACAAACUACAUACACGACAGUGCCGCGUAUUGCCAAACCCAGCGAGUUGGCGCGCAUAAGUGAGUCUAACGAGGCGGUGGCGGAGACGACCGAGGAAGGGGCUGGCGCACUUGUGGCCACUGGGUUGGAUACAGAAUUACAAGAGUUCAUUAAAUUGCCGCCCAUACAGCAGCAAGAACAGCCACAGCAGCAACAACAAGAACACAGACAACGACAAAUCGAGCUGCAGCAGACGCAGACAUCCGCACAAACGCGCGCACAGCCAACAAAAUCAGGCCAGACGUCAAUAGCUAAGCCUAAUCCGGCUGAUAGAGGACCGGCGCUGCCGCCGCCACCGACAACUCUACAGACUAAACUACAUAAUGUAGAACCAACGCCGCCGCAUAAUGUGAGCAACGAUGUCAAGCACAGUGUAAGCAAAAACAACAAUGUUGACAUUAACAAUAGUAACACCAACAACAACAGUGCGCGUUUUUCUGGCUCAUCGGGUUCGAGUUUGGGGCCCAAUGUACACUCUUCAUCCAGCUGCUUCAGCUCGGACAAUGAGGAUUCCACCGAGUUAGCGGCACAACAACGCGUCACACGCACACAUAAAUACCAAAAGACUGUGGGACAAAAACAACAGCGACGGCGUGGCAACAACAACAAUGAUUGUAGCGGUGACAAUGCAGUUGGGCGCAGAAAAACUGAUGCGACGCAAAAGGCAGGCGAUUUGAAGUCGACAAAUGAGCCUGGUAAUACUGAUGCUGCUGGGACAGCGGCAAACAAAGUCAACAGCGCAACGGCGAUGGCGCAAGUAGCUAGUGUCAGCGGCGACCUAGUGACUAAAGCGGGUGGAGAAUUGCAAGCGGCUGGUAUAACCGCAAAGCAAAAGCCAACAACAAAUGAUGACAAUGCAAGCGACACACGCCAUUUGCCAACACAAACGCCAACGCAGGCGGCAGCGGCAGCAAAUGGCACAGCAAAGGCGGGCGAGUCCAUCACUCAGGCGAACAGUAGUAACUCAUCAGCGCUCUUGCCCAGCCGCACCGCUACUAAUGCUAGCAAAACAACAAUGGUGCAACAAAAAGUUAGCAGUGCAACAACAACAACUGCUGCGACUAGUAUUACCACUUCAGUUGUAAGUGCCACAGCGCAAAUUACAAACCACGGUGGCUUACUAAGUUUGGGCUUUAAAGAGCCAGCGAACACGGCUGCUGUCCAGCCGCCACAACAGACAAAUGGCACAGCGUCGGGUUUUGUAGGCGCAACGACGCGCACACCAUGUCGCCGUCUAACGAGGUCACAGACAAUCGUGGGCGCCAGCAAUGGUGGCACAAAUAACAGUACUACCACCGCAGCUAAUAACGGCAAUGAGCCGUGUGGCGGCAAGCGCACAGCUAAUAAUGGCAGCAAACCGGCCACAAACGCCGCAGCGACGCCGUGCAAUGGUCAAGCGUCAGCACAGCCGACUGUCACUUGCAUCGUGGCGCCACCGCCAAUCAACACGAGCAACAACAACAACAGCAACACGUCAGGCGGCCAACGCGCGUCGGCCGUCAACAAAACGGAACGUGAGACACGUGAACGCGAACGCGAACAGGGCGGUGACUAUCUCAUCGAGAUUUGUGGCCGCUACCUGAAUGUGUACGGUCAAGGCGCUCUGCGCUACAUUGACAAACAGUGGAACGCAGCGAAGGCGCAGGAUGUGCACACGCUCAACUUUAGCUACAUCAAUUUCAACAAUAUCGCCGCCACCGUGUUGGCGCGCAUCAAGUCACGCUUCCCAAAUGCCGAAAAUUUCGUUUUUCGCGAAACGAAUAUUGAGUUUAUCGGCCAGCUGAAUGCAUUAGGCGAACUGCAAGGCAUCAGUGCGCUCACCAUCGAUCCGGAGGGAAAUGCAAUUACCACAAAGGAUUUGUGGCGCGAAUACGCCAUUUAUCGACUGUCGCACUGGGGGCUUAAGCUGAUCAAUGGUGUUGCGGUCACGGAGGCGGACAUCGAGGCGUCCAAUACACUGUAUGAGGGUCUCUCCGAUUUGGUGUUGUGGGCGAUGCCGGCAUCCAUGUUGCAGCCGCUGCUGGCACGUUUGCGGCUAGACGAAACAUGUACGGCCAGCAAAAUGUCGCCCAAAGAGUGGCUAAUGAAGCCGGAAAACAAAUCACUGCGCCUCGUUGUUGGCAAAGAGGCGCUACAAUGGAAAAAGCCCAACACCAACGCGUCGACUACGACUAAUGCCAAUAACGGCGGCAACAAUGUCAACGGUAUUAGUGGCCAGCACCAACAGCCAAUGCCGUAUGCCGUGAGCGCUGAGUCCAGUGUAGGCGUAGGCGUCAAUACAAAUGCCAACAUCAAUACGCUUAGUGUGCGCGAACGCGGACGCUUGCACUUUGCCACCAUGCUGGAGAACACCGUGAAUGCUGUGCAGAAAGUGCAUAUGCUGGAAACGUUGUGGCCCAACAUGCUCUUGGAUAUUGUACGCAACGCGCUGCUCGAUUACUCACAUCUCGACGAAUAUUUACACAGUGUUAUGGACGAAAUCAUGAAGUGACAAAUACAAAGCGCGUGCAUUGUGUGGACGAAUUGGCGGCGCGCGGCUACGUGGCUGUUGGGCCGUGGCGUCCAUUGUGUGGGCGCUUGUACACUUGUAUGGAGGCGCCGCUAGCAUAAAUUAAUGUCACUUGUUUUUCGUGUUCAUUUGCUGUGCAAAUUGCCAUUGUCUUUAGCAAUACAAUAACUCUAGACGUGCUCCAAGCGAAUUUAGUUCAACCCAAUACACCUACAUAGAUUAGCUAAUGAUCUACUGAUUAUACAGUUAUACAUACAUACAUAUAUAGUUAAUAGAAUGUAGUUGAAUAAAAUUUGUAGCUCAAUUUAUAAUAUAAUAAUAAACGAUUGAUA